ACCGCAAGAGGCAUAGCUGUAGGUGGAUGACAGUUCCCCCGUCCCAACUCACCUAACUCAUUCAGUUAGGGUUAUCGUUCCCCGCAUCUAACCAGCUUAGUUCGGCAUGGUUAUGCCGCGCAAUAGACCAACCUGAAUCACAAGAGGCAUAGCUGUAGCAAUUGCUCACUGGUGGCAAUUGCCGGUCACGCAUACUUAAGUUGUUGUGAUCCACAGCAUAAUACCCUUAUCAAUAGAGAUCAUUCUUCUCCACGGUAUUCCUCAUCAGCGAAUUUGAUACCAAAAUGCACAAGGAAGACGACAAAGUCCAGACCGUGGAGAGUGUUCCUGACUCGUUAGCUGCUGAUCUGGCGACAUCGAAGACAGCAAAAGUCCAGAAUGUUGCCUAUAGUGAUGCCAUCGCGAAGGAUAACCUCUCUCCACGGGCACCGUCGAUCCUCAAACUCUAUGCAAUCAUUGCUCUUGUCACGCUAAAUAAUUGUGGCAAUGGCUUUGAUGGAACCAUCAUGUCGUCCAUUAAUGCUAUGGAUCCCUUCCAUAAGUUCUUUGGCACUGAAAUGCAAGGUGCUUCUAUUGGAGCUGUCUUUGCGCUUUAUAGCGUCGGAAAUAUCCUUGGCUGCCUUGUUGCCGCUCCCGCUGCCGAUUUCUUCGGGCGAAAAUUCGGCAUGGCCACCGGGUCAAUCUUUGUCAUCAUUGGUACUGUGAUCCAAGCAGCGGCCCAGAAUGUUGGAACAUUCAUGGCGGGGAGACUAUUCCUCGGUUUUGGCUGCACCAUCGCAGUAACUGCAUCUCCCAUCUAUCUAGUUGAGGUAGCCUACCCUUCUUGGCGCGGAACUUUGGCUGGUCUAUACAAUGUAGGCGGCUGGUAUAUUGGAUCACUUACCUCCACAUGGACCGCCUAUGGAACGGGUCGACUAACAUCGAAUUGGUCCUGGAGGAUCCCUAUCAUGAUCCAGGUCGUCCCGGCGGCUAUCAUCCUGUGCGGCGUAUGGUUUAUCCCAGAAAGUCCCAGAUGGCUCAUGAGUCACGGUAAAGAAGAGCAGGCCCGAGCUGUGCUGAUUAAGUAUCAUGGAGAUGGCAAUCCUGACUCGGCUGUCGUCAAACUGGAGCUCGACGAGAUGCGUGCAUCCAUCGAAUACCAAGCAGAAAUCGAAGCCAGCCAAAAAUGGUGGGAUUAUCGUAUGCUCUUCGACAACAGGGAGAACUUGCACCGCUUUUACUUACUCUUCCUGGUCGCGAUUUUCUCCCAGUUUAUCGGUGGUUCGGUCAUCACCUACUACAUGCCCGUCAUUCUAGAGAAUGUUGGCAUCACCAGCUCUUCUCAGCAGCUUCUGCUCAACGGGGUCAAUGUCAUUUUCGGGUUCUUCAGCGGCGUUGCAGGCUCAUUUGCCGUUGAGAAGUUUGGACGCAGACGUCUCUUUCUUUGGGGCACAUUCUUGACAGGCCUUGCCUAUAUUCCCAUCAACGUCAUCGCGGCCAAAGCUCACGGCCAUGUUGAUACAUCAACCGGUUACGCCUUUAUUGCGAUGAUCUUUUUGUAUGGUAUCUUCUGGUCUUUCUGCUGGACGCCUCUGCAGUCUUUGUACCCAAGCGAAGUGCUACGCAAUGACAUUCGAGCCAAGGGUAUGGCCGCCUCUGGUUUCUUCAGUGGCGUUUCGGGCUUCAUCAACACUUAUGCCACACCGGUCGCCCUUCAGAAGAUCGGUUGGAAGACGUACACCAUUUUCCUCAUUCUGCAUUUUGUGGAAUGGGGAAUGAUGUAUUUUGCUCUCGUCGAGACAAAGGGCCGGUCUCUAGAAGAAAUCGACGAGAUUUUCAAGAGCCCUAACCCGGUCAAAACGUCCAAGCAGAAGCACGAAGUCUACAUCAAGGACGGCGCAGGUGUCACUGCCGACUUGGGCACAAAGGAGGCCUGAAUGAAGAGGGGAGAGGAAAGAUUGAAACAAUACGCCAUAAUCUCUCCCUCACAGAUAUUAUGACAUGCGUUGAACAGCCUGUUUAGUUACAUUGGAUUCCAUAUAUCCACUACGGGGUACGAUUUCAAUCUCAAGCCAUCUUGUAUCUACACUUAUGAACUCAUUCAAGUAAUCUUCAAAUAUGCCUGCAUCUCAAUGGCUGCUGCUAAUGAGCCUAACUAC